UCUACCCCAUUCACACGAAAAUCACCCACACAUGUACACAAGUAUAUCGUACAUAAAUAAACAUGUCUCACCAUUUGACCAAUUACAACCAACACAAACUUGACCACAACCUGAUGUAUAGUGGGCAAAUGCAAGGAAAUGGGUCCUUCUGGAGCGGUCCCAACAAAUGUUACGGCCAAUACAUGUUGCCUCAGCUCAACUUCGCCCAGCAGAACGAUGACGAUAUUGCUGGUUAUGUUGGGGGCGUCAAGAACUACGUUAUGACUACUGGGAUGGACAACAAACAAUUCUACAACUCUUUCCAAGAACCAGCCCAAAACUGCAAUUGUAUGAGGGAAACUCCCUUCCAUGACAGACCUUGGUAUCAGCGCGAAGAUAGAGAAGGAAGGUGCUGCGAUAGGCACGGACGUGUCAACGUUCAGAACAACUGGGAGUGGAACGACCAAUCUCAGCGACACAAACACAAACAACAACACAAACAACAGCAUAUACAACAACACAGCCACAGUUACAAGUCUUCUAGUCCUCAACAGUGUCCUCAGUGCUGGUGUGGUCAUUGAGCAACUCUGAUGGAAGAGGGACUGUGACCUGUGUCAAAUGUAUAAUAAAUUA